AAUAAUCAAUCAUUCAUAUUUCAACGUCAAAAAGUGACCAAAAGAAAAAGAAAAGUCAAACUGCAAAAAUUAAAAAUGCGUCGAAGUAAAAAUACAGAAUAAAGUGUCCUAUAUUUCUUUUAACCCAUCCUGUGUGCCUUGAUUGUAUAUUUAGCGUAUUAGCAAUAGAAUAUAAUAACAAUGGUGAUAGCCGACGGAUUUCCCGAGGACAAGUUACCGCAAUGCUGGUCGGACGAUGUGCGUAUGAACGCACUGUUCGCUCCCUUCCGCUUGCGUUCCACGAAUCCAGAGUCUUGGGAGAUGAAGAUGAAAUUCUGGUCGGAUAUGGUGCGACAAUGGUGCCGGUACAAAAUGGACCCCAUAGUGUCUGCAGCGGACGUGAGAUGCGUGUUCCAGAGACGAGGGCGGACAGCUGCGUGUUUGGACAUCGUUGUGGAGGAAAUGUUUCGGAAUGGCGAACUGUCACCCAUAACAAAAUACCAACAGAUAUUACACAAUGGGCCCGAAGGUUGGGUGAGGUGGGGGGCCCGCCUCGCGUUCAAGCCUGCAGCCCUGGCGCUGACUGCUGUCACAUCUCUAUUGCCUGCCCGACAUGCCACGGAUGCUAACGGAUUGCCGAAAGCUAGCGUGGAUUCCACACAGCGUUUUGUUUUAGAAAGUGCUGUGAAGGACCAGGCCAUAGAGUUUCUAAACAACUUCCCAAGUGGAGAAGAUCGUAUCGGCACCAUCGAGGAGCUGAUGAGAGCCAGCGGCUCCAGCUUCAGCCGCGAGGUGUUCGAGGUGUACCUAGGCUACUUGGUGGCUCAGGGGAUGGCGGUCAAGCAAGGCGACGUUGUUAAACUUGCGGAACCAAACAAAAAAGUAACUCCAGUAACGGAAUUGGACGAAGCGCUCGUCAAACUGAUGUCGACCGAGACGCGACUGUCGGGCGAGGUGAAGCGACUGUCGCGAGAAGUUGCGACCGCCGACUUGGAAGCCAAGGCAGAUCUGAAGUUAGGGAACAAAUUAGCUGCAAAGAACCACCUCCGUAAGAAGCUGAAAGCUCAGCAAAGGCUCGGCAGAUGUGAAGCUGCGCUGGAGAACAUCCAGGAGCUGGUGCUGCAGGCCAAGAACACUGACUUCAACACUGCAGUCGUUGAUACUUACAGGACAAGUGCCCAAGCCAUGAAACGCACCAUGAAAGAUGGUGGCUUGGAGGAAGACUCUGUGUACGACACCAUGGAUAACCUGAAAGAAGUAAUGGACAGUUACAAUGAAGUGGAGAAAGCACUCGGUGGCACCCUGGAUGACCUGGACACGGCAGAGUUGGAGCAAGAGCUGAAUGAGUUACUCUCUGGUUCAGGCCCCACGGGAGGCACUCCGGGGAAAGAGAAGAGUAGAGUCGGCCCACUUCCAUCCCCACCGAACGAAACUCCAAGGAAGCCCCGGAGGAAGACUGAGGACUUUGUGUUUGAUGGAGAGGAACAGAUGCUGGCGGAGCUGGACAAGUUGGGAGCUGAUGAGAGCGGCUCAGCCAAGAAGGUAGCAGUGGCUGAGGAUGUUGAAGAUACAUCGCCACAAUCAAAGCCAAAGAAGAAGGAGAAGUCCCAGGAGUGGGAUCCCACCACCAACAGGAGCGUGGACACGUGGGGCAACCGGCUCGACAGCCUGACGGAGAACUAUGGAGAACUUCGCCAGGACAACAGACUGCAUCCUGGUCAACCGCUAGACGUGGACUUCUCGUCGCCGCCUCGCCACUACAGCGCCGAGUUCCAAGUGCGCGACCACAAGGCGGCCAACGGCGUCUGGCUCUUCAACAGCAAAGACGGCGACAACCUCACCCCCAGCACGGAGUACAGCAGUUCAGAGAGUCCAGGCAAAGCAUCGAGCAGUCACUUCCAAAUGGCCCCGGGGGGUGAACGGAGAAAACCUGACCCGUGGCCCAAAGACGACAACCUGGAGGACCUGGAAAGGAGGUUGAAAAACCUUAGAGGUUUCAACCUAUAAUGUUUAGUUGUCAUCAACCCAUAUUCAGCUCACUGCUGAGCUCGAGUCUCCUGUGUACGAGGGGACAGGCCAAUAGUCCACCAUGUUGGCCCAAUGCGGAUUGGCAGACUUCACAUGCAGAGAAUUAAGAAAAUUCUCAGGUAUGAGACAUGUGAUAUUUAAUUUCUUAAAAUGCACACAACUGAAAAGUUGGAGGUGCAUGCCCCGGACCGGAUUCGAACCCACACCCUCCGGAAUCGGAGGAAAAUAAUAUGUGAUAGUACCAGGCAAUCAUACAUUAAUGGAGUUUAUUAUAAAACAUCCUGGCGUCGAGUUAUGUUAUAUAUUGAUUCCAAGCCAAGCGAUUUAGCGUUCCGGUACGAUGUCGUGUAGAAACCGAAAGGGGUUUUUUCAUCCCCCACCUAACAACUGGUAAAAAAAAAUACAUAUAGAUGAAACUAAUGAAGAAUUACUUCAGUCGCUUGGUCAAUAUAUGAAGAACACUGACUGAACAUUUUUAACUGACUUCAAAAAAAGGAGGAGAUUCUCAAUUCCAGUGUAUGUUAGUUUUUGAAGCGUUUGUAGAAAGAGAAUCGAUAUGUGACAUGACUAGACCGUCAGGUCUAAAAAGGCGACAGUCUAAAGGUCAUAGCUCAUUAGAGCCACCAGGCACCUGUCGGCUAUGUAUAUUCGGAUCCAAUCUUUGUGUCAUUUCAAAACUUUGUGCGUUAAGCUGCGCACUGUAACCGGUUCAAAUCGCAAGGUAUCACCGGUUUCGAUGGGGCGCGGCUACUUUAUGUAUAAACUGCGCGUUGGGAUACCCGCAGCUCAUUUCAGAGACGUCACAACGAUUGCAUCAGUGAUUCAAAACAUGAGCCCCUUCAUUGAUUUUCAUAAUAUUUUCCUUUUUGCGAUGAUAUGAAUGGUUAUUUUAUAGAAAUGACAUUAUUUUACAUCAAGUGACAGUGAUUUUUUAUUUCUACAAUAAUCUAACGUGAUUAUUUAAAUGAAAUUUCGUAAAUUAACGAUUUUUCGAUUAAAACAAAAGUUCCUACUUACUACUGCCAUGCUACUAGUAUAUUACUACUAUACUAUAUUAUUACUACUAAAGACUAAUAUUACUUUACGUAAAAUUACCAUAAACAUUUAUCACUAUAAUACGAAUUUUCUGUAACCUUGCGUUUAGUGUGUCCACUAACACGCUUCGAAGUUAUUGAAUUGAUCUGCUGGCGCUGACUGGCUUUAAUGAGCUAUUACCUUUAUCUGUAAAAUAAAUAAAAAAGGUUUCAUCUGUAAAAUGUCUUUCUUUAUAUAAAUAAUAAUCUUAGAAAAUUUCAAAAUACAGGUUCUGUGUGUAAAAAUUAGUUUUAAUUUGUUGAAUAAGUCUUUUAAUGGCUUUUAACUAGUCCCAGAUCAUAAUUCAGGCUUCCACUCUAAAUAAAAUUUAUUAUUGUGUAAAUAAUUUAUAAUAUACUUGAAUUAACUAUUUUUUUUUUUAGCUUGAGUAUGUUUAGUGACAAUUAUAAAAAUUACACAAAAAUAAUAAAAAUGUGGUUAUGAUAUAAUAUUGUACAUAUGUAUUUGUAAACCUAUAAAUUUAGUGUUAUAAAGUGUAAAAAAUAAUAUUUUUUAACUUAGGUACUAUAUUAUAAAAUUUUAGAUUAUAAAAACGCUUGAACAGAUCUUAAAAUUUUAGCUAAGACACAGAAUACAUAAUAAUGUAAAAGUGCAGAAGAUUCACUCGACGUAACUCUGCAAAUAAAAAGCGACUCUCGCUACAACACAAUAAGGCGCAUUUCGGUUUGAACAAAAUUGAUGGCCAACCGUUUUAUUUACCUACAACUCUAUGCUGGGGAGUAUUUUCCGUAACUCUGGGGUUAUAUUCUUUAGAGAAAAUUAAUUGAAAAUGUUCAAGGAACACAUGUUCUAAAAUUAACAUUUUAAGUAAAUAAUAUUUCUUUUGUAAAUAGAUCUUAAAAUGUGUCCCUUAUACGCCUAUAACCUUAUAAUUAUGACGUAGCCAAGAUUUUCGUAUUUUAAAAUGCAAGGACAGAAAAAAGCAUGAGUUAUUUGGAUAGAUAGAUAGAUUUAUUAAAAUUACUUCGUAUGAAAAUAUAAAAGCUUUUUAUUUUUUAGUUAAAAAAAUAAUUAGUUAUGUAGUUCGGCUCCUAUAAGUUGACUUCAACUUGAAGUUAUGGGAAAUCCGAGCACCCUGUAUAGCUAAGAAUAAUCUCGAUCACGUCAACUAGCAGACUCCCGUCUUUACCCGCAUAGUUCUCGUGGAAAUACGUGAAAAUAUAGCCUAUGUUAAUCGCUGAUAAUGUAACUUUCCAUUGGGGAAAAGAAUUUUUAAAAUCGGUCCAGUAGUUUAGGAGCCUAUUUUUUAUCAAAAAAUACCUCUUAUUAGUAUUAGUUUAGGUAGUCUUCAUUUUUUUAGAAUCUACGGUGCUACAGACAGAUACCUAACACCCCUCUUUUUAUAUUGGAGGUUAAAAUUAAAAGCUGGUAAAUAUGGAUUUGGUUGAAUUUCCUAUAGUUAGUAAGAUUUUGUGUCAUGUUUGUAAUUUAUAAAAUACCAGGAUAUCAUAAUAUAUUCAGAGUUAUAACGUUUACUGGCUUCCAAUAGUUGACUGGAUUACAUGAAAAUAUUAAUUUUGAAAUAUGUUUUUGACAAUACGAGCCAAAACGCCUGUCGGCCAUGACAGUCUAUAUUUCAACUGUUUCAUGACGUCACUACAAUAAAUCCCAUUUAAACGGAGCGUUUGACAACAAUAUUAGUUGACAAUUAGUUCGACGUUUAGUACAUCAAGGGUGUUAGUGACGUCACGAAAUGGACGACAGCAUUUUUGACGUUUGGAAAAUUUGAAAAAAUACGUGAUAUUUAAAUUAAGUUUUAAAAGAAAUCCUUAACCCUUCGGAUUUGAUUGAAUUUCCUAUAGUUAUUAAGUUUUUGUGUAAUGUUUGUAACUUUUGAAAUACCAGGAUAUCAUAAUACAUUCAGAGUUGUAACGUUUACUGGCCUCCAAUUAAAUUGUUUUCAUCAUCAUAUCAGCCGAUGGACGUCCACUGCAGGACAUAGGCCUUUUGUAGGGACUUCCAAACAUCACGAUACUGAGCCGCCUGCAUCCAGCGAAUCCCUGCGACUCGCUUGAUGUCGUCAGUCCACCUGGUGGGGGGUCGACCAACACUGCGAUUUUCAGUGCGGGGUCGCCAUUCCAGCACCUUGGGACCCCAACGUCCAUCGGCUCUUGCUACUAUGUGCCCCACCCAUUCAGCUUCACAUGUCUUAUACUUGACGCCCUACGCGGAUUCGCUCGCGUAGUUCCCGUUCCCGUGGGAAUACGGGGAUAAAAUAUAGCCUAUGACACUCACAAAUAACGUCGCUUUCGAGUGGUAAAAGAAUUUUCAAAAUCGGUUCAGUAGAUCCAGAGAUAAUCCUCUACAAACACCACAAACUUUACCUCUUACUAAUAUAGAAGUACCAGGAUAUCAUAAUGUAUUCAGAGUUAUAAUGUUUUGUAAGUAUUAGUAUGUAUAAAAUUAAUAAUUUGUUUUAAUAGAUAAAUAAAUGUAGGAACUGGGAUACUAUUUGUAAAAAAAAUGCUUAGUGACAAUUAUAAAAAUUACCUAAAAAUAUCAAAAAAUGUGAUUGUGUAAUAUAUUAAUGUUUUUAAUUUUGAAUAGGGAUGAUGACAGUUUUUUAAAUUGUAUAAAAAUUAAGAGUAUGCUAAUAGUAAAGCAAUUUUGUAAAAGUAACAGGGUAUCUGCGAUCAUUACUUUCGGAGCUACAGGGAUUUAAAGGGUCAGUUUUUGUGGUACUGCCGCGGAUCCCUGAAAAACGCCCCAUACAAAAUGGUACGAUUUAAUGACGUCGUAGGUGCAUAAUGAUCGUUAGAUUUGUAUGGGCGGUCAAACAAAAUUACUAAUAUCUUUGUUAUUUGUGCGUUUAUGUUUAUAGUUUAUCUAUUAAAAAAUGUCACAUUUAAUGUAAGGAAGCUAAAACUGUAUGAAUUUUCAUCUAAUUAUGAUAAAAGAUUUUUAAUAGAUUUUCAAAUAUUAUGCAAAUAUCCAGACAAUCUUUGCUUUUUAUGUAUAAAUUAGUUAACAUUGACCUUAUUUACCCGAAUGUAUCAUAAAAAUCAAUAUAUUCAAACCUAGUCAUCAUCCCUAUUACGAUUUCCAAAAUGUGUGAUUAGCAUAAGUUAUGUGUUUUGUGUAAUCGUGACGUAGAUAGGAAUGAAAAUAUUUUGAAAAUUUAAAAAAAAAAAAUAAGCUGCUGUCUUUGUACUCAGGGUUAUAAUAUCUCACUCCAGCAAUUACUGUUAGCAGUGCUAACAUGCGACCAAGUGUAAAGAAAUAGACAAUUUUUUUUUUUAUUUUUUUUUUAAGUAUCUUGCAUCUUGUAUCAAGAUACUACAAGUAUCUAAUACAUCACUGAAUGUGAAUGUGACUCUGAGUGACAGGUGUGAAAACACCAAAAAAAAAGCUCGUUAGUUUAUAGCCCGACUCAGGAUUCGAACCUUGAACCUCGUGAACCGAAGUCACACAGACUAACGAUUGGACCAACGGCGGUUAAGUAUUUUAAUCAUAAUAAUGCUUAUAAGCAAUAUUUUUUGUAAUUAAUACGCACAAAAAUUUUUAAUGUGGUGAUAUUUUUUUAUUAAUAAUAAUUUUCGUCUUUAUUAGUUUUACAAUUUGUAAAAUAAAUUGAUUGUAUUGUAAAAAUAAUGUAAAUUAACUGUAAUAUUGUGUAAAUAUGUUGUAUUAUAAAACUGUAUACCUCACCGCCAGUAUAAAGUGUUUUUUUGAUUAUUCAUCAUCGAUCUCAUAUUGAAAAAGUGGAUGCACAAAAAAACCGUCCCCACUCAUUUAGUGCCAAACACAACUUCUUGGCACUCAAUUCAAGUAGUCGCAUUUGCAAAUUCAACCUUAAACUCAAUGCUUAAGGUUGAAUUUGCUCUGACUUAUGGAUUUUAUUGAACUGAACAUUGGACUAUAUUUAAAGGUUUUUAGGGAUAACUUUCUUUACCAAUAAUUCUAAAACUGUCAAAGCAAAAUUUGCUAGUUUUUAAGUGAAAUUUUCUAUAUGAUUGUGCGUCCUUUUAUUAUAAGAGGUCCAUGUUAUUCAUCCUUCUUGGUUGCAAAGAGUUUGUUGGUGUUGUUUAAUUUUUUUCAUAAAAAAAAAACAAUUUUAAAUUGAAAAAUUCUACUGUAUUGUCAGUAAUGUCAUGAAAAUGUUAUUCUAUUCAGUUGUCAUAAAAGGACCUACAAGAUUUUGUAUUAUUUCCUAAGUAAAUUAAUAUUUAAAAAUAUAAUUUAAAUAUUUUGUGUGCAUCCUAUAAAUAACGUGCGAUUCUUAAGUAUUUGUCAAUUCAUCCAAAUGGUCUUCCAAAUCAAGAACAUCAGAAAAAUUCCAAUGCUUGAUAAAGCUUUUUUGGAGCCUAGUGAAAAAAAGCUGCAUUUCCGACGGUGGGUUGAGGAAUAGCCCCUCGAAUGUGUUAAUACAAUAUUUGCUGUUCUCUCGGUGAUUGAAAAUUUACCAGAUUAUUGUUAAAAGUUAGAUACAUACGUGUUGCUGAAUUGUGAUUUGAUUGCAAUACAUAUGGAUCUAUAUCAAUUAUGGUUAAAAAUGGUUGGAUGGUUUCCUUUUGGUGUCCAGUACGGACCUGUACAGUGUACAAUGGUUGAGAAAUAUUUGUUUUGAAAACUAGUGGAAAAAAUUUUUGUUCCGAGGAUGGAUAAAAAAAACAGUCGUUUCGAAAAAAUUCGGUCUUCUGAUUGAAAAUGUACCAGAUUAUAGUUAAAAGUCAGAUACAUACGUGUUGUCGUAUUAUAAUUUGUCUGCAACACGAAUGGAUCUAUAGGUAUCAAUAAAAUAGUGGUUAAAAAUGUUCGAUUGGUUUGUUUCCUUUUGAUCAAUAAUAUGCCGUCCAGUACGGACCUUUACAAUGGUUGAUACAGCUUUGUUUUGAAACCUAGUGGAAAAUGUGGCUAGUGAAACGAACACGAAAAAAAGUAUUUUAAAAAAUUGUUAUUUUUGAUUGAAAAUAUACCAGAUUAUAGUUACAAGUUAGAUACAUACGUGUUGCCGAAUUGUAAUUUGGCUGCAACAUGUAUGAAUCUAUAUCAAUUGUAUUUCAAAAUGUUUGGUUGGUUGAUUCCUUUUGAUCGAUAAUAUACCGUCCAGUACGGAACUGUACAGUGGUUGAGAAAGCUUUGUUUUGAAACCUAGUGGAAAAAGUUGCUGUUUCGAGGGUGGGUUGAGGUGGAGUAGUCCCUCGUAAACGCAAAAAAAACAGUCAUUUAAAAAAAAUAAUCGGGCUUCUGAUUGAAAAUAUACCAGACUAUAGUUAAAAGUUAGAUACAUACGUGUUGUCGUGUUAUAAUUUGGCUGCAACGCGUAUGUAUCUAUAUAAAUUGUAGUUAAAAAUGCUUGAUUGGUUGUUUCCUUUUGAUCGAAAAUAUACCGUCAAAACAAAGCUUUCUCAACCAUUGUACAGGUCCGUUACGACCUCUAAAAUGGUUGAGAAAGCUCUGUUUUAAAACCUAGUGUAAAAAAGUUGCGGUUCUGAAGGUGGGUUGAGAUGGUAUGGUUUAACACGGAAAAAAAAUGGUCGUUUCCAGAUGAUAGUUACAAGUUAGAUACAUACGUGUUGCCGAAUUGUAAUUUGGCUGCAACACGUAUGGAUCUAUAUCAAUUGUGGUUAAAAAUGUUUGGUUGUUUGUGUUCUUUUGAUGUCCAGUACGGACCUGUACAGUGUACAAUGGUUGAGAAAGCUUUGUUUUGAAAACUAGUCGAAAAAGUUGUUUUUCCGAGGAUGGAUGAAAAAGUCUUAAAAAAAAAUCGGUCUUUUUAAAGACCGGUUAAAAGUUAGAGACAUAUAAUGAUAAUUAUAUCACACGAAUGUGAUAGUAAAAGGCUUGCUUGCGUUUCCAUUAAUUAAAUAUAAUUUUUAUUUACAGUAUUAAGUUUACAUUAAAUUAUUAAAUUAAACUAAAUCUUACCUAUAAAUAAAAUAUAAAAACAACAUCCAAAGCCAUUAUUUACAUUAGUUCUUAAUAUUUUAUAUUUUAAUAAAAAUUUCAAUAUUUUGUCAAAAAUAUGUCGAAUAUUAUCUUGUAGGUAUCAAUUGUGGUUAAAAAUAUUUGGUUGGUUUUUGAUCGAAAAUAUACCGUCCAGAACGGAACUGUACAAUGGUUGAGAAAGCUUUGUUUUGAAACCUUGUGCAAAAUGUUGCUAUACUAAUAGCAUUAACAACUGAGUCUUAGGGCCAUAAAUCAUUUCUCUAUAUCUAUCUCGCUUGCACUUAUGGGUCUUAUGGAGCCGUCUAGUGAAGGGUGUAACAAUGAAAGACAUAUUAUCGAUAAGUAAAGUUUAUUAUCGUAUCUUGUUCACAAAAUUAAAAAAAUUAACAAUAUUUGAUUUAAUAUAAUACAUAUUUCAUAUUAUAUAAUUAUUAACUAAAUAAAAUUAAUCUUCAUCUGAGUCUUCAUCAUCAGAAUCUUCGUCUUCUGCCAAAUUUAUUAUAUAUUAGUAUCCAUAGUGCGCAACGAGUAACACAUGAAUGUAUUUAUUUAAUUGCAGUAAACACAUUUAUAGCAAAAAAAAUACGCAAUGCAAUUACAUUAGAA